CUGGCUCGACACUCACGGAGUGCACACAAGGAAGGUGGAGCAGCAGUGAAGUGCAGUACACUACAGAAAAGGCCCAGGUUUGAGAAUUUCCCUUCAGAGAACCAGUGACCCCACGGAUACUGCUACCAUGAGUCGCAGCCCAGAAAGGAUCUCGUCCUACCGCCGUCACUUUGAGGACAGCAGCAGCUCGACCUACCAGGUCAGGGUGUCCAGCCCAUCCCCCACCAGGAGAGAUGCCCGCCAUGCCUCCGCCGGCUACUCCUCCAAAGCUGCGGCCAGCAGCAUGCGCAUGGAGUCAGUGGGACGAAGGACCGUCUCUGCCGCACGCAAGUCCCGCAUGAUUGGAGGAGGCGUGAGUGCAGGAGCCAUGGUGUGUGUUGGACCUGGUGGACAGCCUGCCAUAGACCUGGAUGUGGCUGCAGCUGAGAACCAGGAAUUCCUCAGCACCCGCAAAAGUGAAAAGCAGGAGAUGAUUGUCCUCAAUGACAGAUUGGCUGUGUACAUUGACAAGGUUCGAUCCCUCGAGCAGCAGAACAAGUUACUGGAAGCAGAGAUUGAGGCCUACCAGAAUCGGUUUGAGAAGCCAACAGGUCUGCGCCUGCUUUACGAGGAACAGCUGAAGGAGCUGAAAAAGAUUGCUGACCAGAUGAGAGUUCAGCGGGACUUUUCCCUGGCUGCUAAGGAGUCCGCAGCUGCUCAACUAGAGGCAAUCAAAAUCAAAUAUGAGGAGGCAAUGGAGCAGAGGAAGAAAGCCGAGUUAGACAUCGAAGCCUUCCGCCCAGAUGUCGACAAGGCUACCUCUUCACGCAUUGCGUUGGAGAAGAAGCUGGAGCAGAUGGAAGUUGAAAUUGAAUUCCUGAAACGGAUCCACCAGCAGGAAAUCGAUGAGCUCAUGAAACAGAUCUACGCAGCUCACGCCACCGCUGAGAGUGCAUUCACUAUGCCUGAUCUGGCUGCAGCUUUGAAACAAAUCCAAAACCAGUAUGACGACAUAGCCGCUAAAAAUCUCCAGGAAAUGGAUUCGUGGUACAAAAACAAAUUUGAAGAUUUGACCCAAAAGACCUCGAGGCAUGUUGAUAAAGUUCGCAGUUUUAGAGAAGAAAUAGCCGGUGCCAAGAAGGAUAUCCAAAAUAAAGAACGCGAUUUGGAUGCCCUGAGGACCAAGAACGAAGCUCUUGAACUCCAGAUCAGAGAGACACAAGAAAAGUACAGGAAGGAACUGGAAGACCUGCAGGCUCGGAUUGAGGCCUUGCAGCUUGAGCUGAAAACCACCAAGGGGAAAAUUGCGCUGCACCUCCGCGAGUACCAGGAUCUCCUUAAUGUUAAGAUGUCUCUCGAGAUUGAGAUCACUACUUACAGGAAACUGGUUGAAGGAGAGGACCUGCGUCUCUCUGGCAUGAUGCAAACUUUGUCUCUCACCAGCUGCAGCAUGAGUGCCAUUGGUUCUGGGAUGAGCUUCAGUGGAGGAGGCAUGGGCGGUGUCGGUGGAAUGAAUGUUGGACAGAUGGGAGCUAGUAGUGGAGGUGUUGGGGGCAUGAACGGUUAAAAAUGAGGAUGAUGUGCUGGAGACGGACCACCAAGAACAGACCUACACCAUCACUGGUGCGGCCGAUGACUCUGACGACGACAACGCAGCAUGAAUUCCCAAGUGACCUCCUUUCGCCCUUAAACCUCCACGCCCCUCUGAGCUUUGCACUGACCAAACCCCAUGUCUGGGCACUGACCUUCGCCCUUUGCCCUCUGCAAGAAGAACAAGAAUGACCCUUUGCUACAGAGAGAAGACUUCAAAUCAGAGGCUUUAAAUAUGCCUUACCAGGAACACUCGACAUGUCUAAACAUUUGUGUGCCUUACACUCCCCCUUCCCUUUUUAUCCACAUCCCACAAAUAAAGCUAUCAGCAUUCAA